AUGUAUUUGUUUCUCAAGGUUUUGGAUACUUGGAAUAAAAAAGAUGCAUUUCGGACUCAUGUGGGUGGUAUUGAUAGUUUUCACAACAAAGCAAAAGAAAAGUGUGAGUUUUUAAUGAGGGAAAAACAAGCUAUCAAUGUAGUCUUGAGGAGACUUUUAUUGAAAACCGGUUUACCGUUUCGUGGUCAUGACGAGUCGGUUAACUCGGAAAAUAGAGGGCUAUACAUUGAAGUGUUAAAAGCCAUUCGAGAGACUAGUGAAGAUAUUUUCAACAAUACUUUAGAAAAUGCUCCAAAAAACAAUCAACUAAUUUCCCCUAAAAUUCAAAAAGAACUUGUGCAAUGUUUUGCACAAGAAGUACUUUUGAGUAUUCGUGAAGAGAUUGGUCAAGAUGUUUUUGCUUUACUAGUUGAUGAAUCUAGUGAUGUUUCAAAAAAGGAACAAAUGGCUAUUGUUUUGCGUUAUGUCGAUACUCUUGGCUUUGUGAAAGAAAGAUUCAUAGGUCUAGUGCACGUGAAGGAUACAUCUUCUUUGACAUUCAAAAACGCCAUAAAUGAAGUACUUACAAGUAACAAGUUGAGUUUUAGUCAGCAAUAUGCGAGUGGAAUUCAAUGGUUUGAAAGCUUUGAUAUUACUAGAGAAUACACGACUUUUUAUGUACAUUGCUUUGCACACCAACUUCAAUUAGUAGUUGUGGCUGUAGCAAAGAAGCAUGAUGGUGUUAGUGACCUUUUUGAGCAAAUUUCGUUGGUGGUUAAUGUAGUUUGUGUAUCGUGUAAAAGAAAAGACUUACUACGAGAGCAAGCAAGAGAAAGGGUGCAAAAAGGCUUGUGUAUUGGUGAACUUGAAACCGGAAGAGGGUUAAAUCAAGAGACUACACUUGUUCGAGCGGGAGAAGCAAGAUGGGGUUCACAUUUCAACACACUCACAAGUUUGAUGAAGUUAUUUGCGGAUGUUCUUGUAGUUUUAGAUUUUGUGAAAGAGGAGGGAGGGUCAUUGGCAACCGUCAACAAGCAUCUGGAAUCUUAUCAUAUUUUAAAUCAUAUGAGUUCGUGUUUUACUUACAUAUGA